AUGGAAUCUGACAAAAAUUAUAGAUUUACAGAAAAAAGACUUACUUCUCUUAAAGGUGGUAUUUUCUCCCUAGGGUAUUUCUCAAUUCAUCUUAUAUCACAAGACUCGUAUUUAUUUCCAUGGCUCUACAUUGAAUCGUUUAAUUUUUUUAGUUGCGAAGGUGUUAUAUUCGGAGAGCCGAAACCCAUCAUCUCUUCACCGCUCUUUCGUUCGCUAUUAUGCUCUCCGUACCUUUUUGCUCUUGCAAAUGAACUUAAUGAACAUUAUGAACACUCAGUCCUUUACGCCCUCAGAAAGCAAGCUAUUAAUGGUAUAGAUGAAUUCUGA